CGCAGUUACGUGGAUACACAGAUAGAGGCUCCCUCUCUCUCUCUCUCUCUAUCUAUAUCUAUCUUUCUCUCUCGGACAGGAUUAAUCGUCGCGAUGUCAACACCGUGCGACGCCCGACGCGGCGCGCGGAGCCGCGAUCCAGCGAUCCGAUCCAGUGACGUCGUGCCGCGACACAGUGCCGGUGAAUGAGGACGGGAGGAACGCACGGCGGCCAGGCGGGCUUGAACGGGCGAGCUGGAAAAAUAUGGUGCACGAGGGCACGGGUCUAUGGCACGCGGCAGGAUCCAGCGCGUCGAGGUGGCUGAUGAUCAUAAUACACGGAUACCGGGCCACCACCCUCGUCCUAUACGUCCUGCUUAACGUGCUGGUGCGCACCGAAUAUCCCGCUGCAGUGACGGCGGAAAUAGUCGAUGUUAACAUGAACUCGUUGGACGGCACGACGGGAAAGCCGCUGGACGUCGACCUGCCGCCGACCCUGCCGAUGAGCUUCGGCACGGAAAAUUCGACAUCGGUUUCGGCGCAAUCAGGCUCCAAAGCCUUGAUGCCCUGCGUCGUUCACAACCUGGGAGAGGGCACGGUGUCGUGGAUCAAGCGGAAGAACGUGCAGGAGUUGCUCACCGUAGGACUGACGACGUACGCCAAUGACGAGCGGUUUCAGGCGAUUCAUUUCCACCACAGCGAGGACUGGACUCUCCAAAUAAAAUACGUUCAGCCGAGGGACGCCGGGCUGUACGAGUGCCAAGUGUCUACUCACCCGCCCACGAGUAUAUUUCUGUAUCUCGAGGUCGUCGAAGCCCGAGCGGAGAUAGCCGGCCCGGCGGAGAAAUUCGUGAGGCCCGGCAGCACGCUGCAGCUGCACUGCCUCGUGAAGAAGUCGACGGAGGUGCCGUCGUACCUGUUCUGGUACCACAACCUCCGCAUGAUCAACUACGACGUCGAGCAAGGCGUGAACGUCAGCACCGACCUGGCCGGCCGCGAGAGCUGGCUGGAGGUGCCGAGGGCGUCGGACCGGCACUCGGGCAACUACACCUGCAAGGCGAGCAACGCCCAGACGGCGCGCGUCCUCGUGCACGUGUUCAAGGGCGACAAUCCGGCCGCGAUGCAGCACAGCAUGGCGACCUCGCCGUCGAUGAUGGCCUGCACCGCGCUCCUCACCAUGUUCGUCACGCUUAAGCUGGCGCUGCAGACGAACUGGUGCUUGUGACGUGCGUGAGUGUAAGGGGGACGCUGUCCGAAAGCUGUUAGCGGAAUUGUGUAUAAUUAUCGUCAUUAAUCGCGCCGCUCUCGAGCGCCGCGAGAGAGAGAGAGAGAGAGAGAGAGAUUUCGCGCGGUAAGACUACACCGGCGCGGUCAUAUCACGGCGGUGCGCGAGCCAGUCGCGGAGAUCCACCUGGUCGUUAACACGAGACCGAGCGGGAGAGCCGUCUGUGUGUGCGUGUCUCUCUCGGAACCGCGGGAUCGGGUGUGAUUGAUCGCUGCUUAUCCAGAAGCGGGCGAACACGGGCGGUGGAGAGAGCAGCUCGUUCCUGAUCAUUCGCGCGCUCGAACCCCGCUCGAUCCCCGCGUUCAUCGCGGUUCGGCUCGCACGAUGUUCCGGUCGGAUACGCGACGAACGAGGCGACGCGUUAAAAGCGCGAUUACGUGGUCGCGCGAGCCCCAGCUCGCUGACGAAUCGAGGCGCUCGACCGGCCGUGUCCACCGAGAUCCCCCGGUGAUCAGGCGACGUCGUCGUCUUCCCUGACGACGGGGGCGAUGCACAGCCGGGGAUAUAAUGGCUCACCGUCUCCAGCCGCGGACGGACGAGCGAGCGAACGAGCCGGUGUCGAGAAAGCUCGACGGUGCUCUCUAGGAUAAAAUGCCACCGCGUAACUUCGAGAUGGGUCCGCACGUGUAUCAUCCAUUCUCCCGCCGAUCGAUCGUGUUACAUUCCGUGUCACCGUGUUGGAACGAGGAGUAUUAGGCCGUAAUGCGGACGGCGGGGCUGCGUUGUGUCGUCGGAUCAACUCCUGCGAGGGAUCGCGUCCGACGGCCGAUCGAUCGCCCCCGUGCAUCCGCGUGACUCGCGCGUGAGACUCGCGCGCUGCGAUUGGGAAAUAUUCGACGCUGCCGAAAAGGCAGACUCAUCAAUCUAGCGGCUGAUACGAGGAACGUCGACAUCCUGACGGACGUGGUGAUGCUACCCGCGAGAGACGCCGGGGGGGGGGNGGGGGUGAUCUCUUUGUGAAUACGAGAUCGUUCCACUUCGGGACCGGACAAAUGGUGGAUCUCUCGUGUGCGUGCGCGAUUAAGUGUUAAAUUUAAGCUGAUAGACCAGGAGGUAAGCGUGGAAAUCUCGAUGACGGCGGGUUUCCCGGGGCGGAAAGUACCCGGGAGCGAAAGUAAGUGAUUGAUAGUGCGCGGAUCAUGUGGACGUGUCGUCGCGCGAACACGUCGCGUG